AUGACUUCACCGACUCCGGUUGCACAUCAUGUCCUCAGCAUUGAAAGGCACGAUGCUCAGCAACAGAAGAGUCCGGAACUGGAGUUCCAUGUCAGUAACCAGAGGGCCAAUUGGGUUCUUAAUUCACCAGAUCCUCCAGGAUUUUGCCAACAUAUUUUUGGUUUGAUAAAAAAGAACGUCUUCCCUCACAGAAACAGCACACCUUCUUCAUCAUCAUCUCAGAAGAAGCAACCUCCUUCUGCACGCCUCAUCGCGGUUUUGAGUAACAUAUUUCCUGUACUUAGUUGGGGUAGAAACUACAAAGCAUCAAAGUUCAAGAAUGACUUGAUUGCUGGCUUGACUCUUGCUAGCCUCAGCAUUCCUCAGAGUAUUGGGUAUGCUGCUUUAGCUAAUCUAGAUCCUCAAUAUGGCCUAUAUGGUAGUGUUGUCCCUCCUUUGAUAUAUUCUGUAAUGGGGACUUCACAAGAAUUAGCUAUCGGUCCAGUAGCUGUGGUGUCAUUGCUGAUAUCUUCGAUGAUCUCAAAAUUAGUUGAUCCGAUGGCUGAUCCAGUAUCCUACAGAAAACUCGUUUUCACGGUCACCUUCUUUGCGGGCAGCUUCCAAGCACUUUUUGGAUUGCUUAGGUUAGGUUUUCUUAUUGAUUUUCUAUCGCAUGCUGCCAUUGUAGGGUUUAUGGCUGGUGCAGCCAUUGUCAUAGGCCUUCAACAACUCAAGAGUUUACUUGGGAUUAGUCAUUUUACUACUAAAACUGAUAUUGUCUCCGUCUUGGGCGCUGUUGCGAAAUCACUCCACACCUCAUGGUAUCCUUUGAACUUUGUUCUUGGAUGUUCCUUCCUUAUUUUCAUCCUCAUUACCAGAUUUAUCGGCAAAAGGAACAAGAAAUUAUUCUGGUUGCCGGCCAUUUCUCCAGUUAUAUCGGUCAUUUUAUCCACCUUGAUAGUAUACCUAACAAGAGCAGAUGACCACGGGGUUAAAAUCAUUAAACAUUUCAAAGGAGGAUUAAAUCCAAGUUCAGUCAAUCAAUUGGAGUUCAAUGGUCCACACCUCGGCCAAGCAGCCAAAAUCGGAUUUAUUUGUGCCAUUAUUGCUCUAACGGAAGCUGUUGCUGUUGGUCGAUCUUUUGCUUCAAUCAAAGGGUAUAACCUAGAUGGGAACAAAGAAAUGUUAGCUAUGGGCUUCAUGAACAUCGCUGGAUCUAUGUCUUCUUGCUACGUUGCCACUGGCUCAUUUUCGAGGACUGCUGUAAAUUUCAGUGCAGGCUGUCAAUCUACAGUAUCAAAUAUAGUAAUGGCUAUAACUGUGUUCAUAUCAUUACAACUAUUAACAAAGCUAUUAUAUUACACUCCUCUUGCCAUACUUGCCUCGAUCAUCUUGUCUGCACUUCCUGGAUUAAUCGACUACAACGAAGCUUACCAUAUUUGGAAAGUUGACAAAUUGGACUUUCUUGCAUGCGCUGGGGCUUUCUUUGGUGUAUUAUUUGCAUCAGUGGAAAUUGGUCUUUUAGUUGCUGUCUCUAUUUCAUUUGGAAGAUUAAUCCUUAAUUCCAUUAAACCCGGAAUCGAAGAAAUGGGAAGGCUUCCAGGAACAGACAUCUUCUGUGACAGGGCACAAUAUCCUAGAGUUCUUGAUGUUUCAGGUGUUCGCAUAAUUCGCCUUAACUCUGGCUCAUUUUGUUUUGCUAAUGCAAAUUCGAUCAAGGAAAGGAUAACCAGAUGUGUGACCAAAGAGGAUGAAAAGGAAGAGACAAAGAAAACGAUUAAUGGAAUCAUCCUAGACAUGUCUAGUGUCAUGAGCAUCGACUCUUCAGGAAUUAUUGCGUUAGAAGAAAUUCACACGAAAUUGGUUUCAAGAAACAUACAUUUAGCUAUUGCCAAUCCAAGAUGGAAAGUGAUUCACAAGCUAAAAGUAGGUGGGUUCGUCAAAAAAGCUGGAAGUGCUUGUAUAUUUCUCACAGUUAAUGAAGCUGUUGAUGCUUGUCUAAAUCCCAGUUCUAUCGGUCUAGGCAAUUGUUGAAAAUGGUUAACAACAGUUGUCCUGAAGGCUACUACAACCCAAUCCCAUUUCUUUUUAUAGUACAUCAAUGGGUGAGGGAGGUGUAAAUGUCAUUAAGAACAUAUUAUGAUGAAUUAGGUGUGUUGUCUUCUUCUUCUUUUAAUAAGUUGCCAUUAUGUGUCAAGAUUAUAGCCAUGUUAUAUUAUGUAUUGGAACUCCAUUCACUUCUAGUCAAGUUAUUUUGACUAGUUUAAUCUCUACGUAAACGGUUUUAGGACUUUUAGGUUGAUUGAAGGAGAUCGAGAUGAUCUUUGAUUAGGUCUUCUAUCGGAAUGUAUCUAUGUGUAUUGGUUAUAAGGAUGUUAAGGAU